AUGUCUGAAGAAGUUAAAGCUGCACCAGAAGCUGCUGCUGCACCUGCUGCUGCACCUGCCACUGCACCUGCCGCUACCGCUACUCAACCAAUUCUUGGUGAAGACGGUCAACCAUUAUCUAAAAAAGCUUUAAAGAAAUUAGCCAAAGAACAAGAAAAGCAAAGAAAAAAGGAAGAAAGAGCAGCUCAAUUACAAAAGGAAAAGGAAGAAAAGGAAGCCAGAGAUGCUGCCAACGACACCGCCAAGGAAAACUACGGCAAAUUGCCAUUGAUUCAAUCUACUGAAAGAACUGGUGUUGUUAGAAUCAAAUUCCAUAACUUGACUGAAGAAGAUAAUAACAAAGAGGUUGUGUUUAGAGCCAGAGUGCAUAACAAGAGACAACAAGGUGCCACUUUAACUUUCUUAACUCUAAGACAACAAAACGAAUUGAUUCAAGCCUUGGUUAAAAGUAAUUCGGAAGGAACAGUUUCCAAACAAAUGGUUAAAUGGAGUAGUAAUUUGAAUUUGGAAAGUAUUGUUCUUGUGGAAGGUGUUGUUAAGAAAGUCGAAGAACCAAUUAAAUCAGCGACUGUUCAAAACAUGGAAAUCCAUAUCAAAAAGAUCAAGACCAUUUCCGAAACACCUGAAAACUUGCCAAUCUUGUUGGAAGAUUGUUCGAGAUCUGAAUUGGAAGCUGAAAAAGCCGGUUUGCCAGUUGUCAAUUUGGACACAAGAUUAGAUUCUAGAGUGAUUGAUUUAAGAACAGUGACCAACCAAGCCAUUUUCAAGAUUCAAAGUGGUGUUUGUGAAUUAUUCCGUGAAUUUUUAAGAAAGAAGGAUUUCACCGAGGUUCAUACACCAAAAUUACUUGGUGCACCAAGUGAAGGUGGUGCCAGUGUGUUUGAAGUUUCAUAUUUCAAGACAAAGGCAUAUUUGGCACAAUCACCACAAUUCCAUAAACAACAAUUGAUGAUUGCUGAUUUCGAAAGAGUGUUUGAAAUUGCACCAGUGUUCCGUGCAGAAAACUCCAACACGCACCGUCAUAUGACAGAAUUCACCGGGUUGGAUUUGGAAAUGAAUUUCGAAGAACAUUACCACGAAGUUAUGGACAUGUUGGGAGAAUUGUUUAUAUAUAUCUUUUCUCAAUUGGAAACACGUUAUAAAAAGGAGAUUGAGAUUGUUAGAAGACAAUAUCCUGUGGAAGAAUUCAAAUUGCCCAAAGAUGGUAAGAUGGUUAGGAUUGAAUACAAAGAAGCCAUCUCUAUGUUGCAAGAAGCCGGUAAAGAUGUUGGAGCAUACGAUGAUUUAUCUACCGAAAAUGAAAAAUUCUUGGGUAAAUUGGUCCGUGCCAAAUAUGAUACCGACUUCUACAUGUUGGAUAAAUUCCCAUUGGAAAUCCGUCCAUUCUAUACGAUGCCGGAUGCUCAAAAUGGCAAAUAUUCGAAUUCUUAUGAUUUCUUCAUGAGAGGUGAAGAGAUUUUGUCAGGUGCUCAAAGAAUCCAUGAUUAUGAAUUAUUGUUGAAGAGAAUGGAAGCACAUGGGUUGAACCCUGAAGAUCCAGGGUUGAAGGAUUACUGUGAUGGGUUUAAAUACGGGUGUGCUCCACAUGCAGGUGGUGGUAUUGGUUUGGAAAGAGUUGUUAUGUUUUAUUUGGAUUUGAAAAACAUUAGAAGAGCUUCGUUAUUCCCUCGUGACCCAAGAAGAUUGAGACCAUGA